AUGCGUGGUGACUAUCUAGUGAGCUUCCACCUGCCUCUUGUGACUGCUAUAAAGGGUCACUUUCUCAUGACAAAGGCAGCUAAUGACAGAGAAUGCGACAUCCAAGAGAAGAUUAACUUUGAAAUCCGCAUGCGAGAAGGCAUCUGUAAGCUACUUGCAGUGAGCACACAAAAAGACCAACUCUUGCAAGCGGUUAAAAACCUGAUGGUUUGCAAUGCUCGUAUACUUGCAUACAGGACAGAGCUACAGAACCAAAAAGAAGAGCUGGACUUGUGCAGAACCGAAGAACGGUCUUCAGACAAUGGGACAAAAGACCGGGUGGCAUGCAGAGCAAAGGUUGCUAUAUCAGUCGCCAAGGCAAGCAGCUCUGGUACCGACAGGAUCGGCAGCGGAGGGCUCCAGCACGGUGCACAGUGGGGUUUUCCGAACUGGGGAGACCUCAGGGGCAGCCGAGAGAGCCGCCAGGAGCCCCCAGCUUGUGUGACAGCGGCUGACGAGACCUGGGCAGGGCCAGGAGGAAUGUCGGCCAUGCCCGCCCACCC